AAAAACAUGUUUAACGGACAAACUACGCCCAGUUCGCAGGAAACCUGCUUUUAAUAUUUGACGCCUAUUUCAGAAGAAAACUUUUUAAAGUGUUGCCUCAUAACGUGUCUGAGGACGGCUCGGCGCGUUUUUGGUAGUUUUAGUGUCGUAUGAUGAAGUUACUGGCGCCGGAGAUUGGAGCCGUGAGUGGGACCGUAUGGCGGCUGAGCUGGGUGACAGCCGGGACUGGCGCUUUAACCCUCCGCCAAGGUGUUUCGCUCUCCGAGAUCUUCGUGUCGGCCCUUCACCCGUUUCCUGUGCUUUAGACUGACUACUCCGGAUACCUCUGGGGGUUAUGCAGCUGUAAGAGCGACUGUGGCAGCUAAAGUCACCUGACAGUGAUGCUCAGACGAUGGAAACGCCUGAAGGAAAGAAAAUGAGCUCCAAGAGCGCGGAUGGUGUGUGGCUGGGAUGUGCAUUCCUCUUCGUGAAAUCUGUUUGUCCGAAGGUGAAUUUGCCGGCAUUGUACAAGGAUCCGCAGAAGAAGUAUGAUCUUUUCAAAGUCGUCAAGCUCACACUCUCAGACACAGCUGGGGGUCUCCAAGGAUACGAGAUCCUGAAGCUGCAUGACGCAGACCCUCUCCUGGGCAUCGAGCUGAAAUUUAUGAACAAGGCCACGUGCCGGCAGUUCCUGGAGAGCUACGCCACGGCCGCCGUCAGCCAGGCUUUCACGCAGCACACCCUGCGGAUCUUCUCUGUCUCAGAGGACUUCACAGUGGAGACUCAGCUCAAGGCUGGGGAGAAUGUCCUGGAUCUGUAUCUCACCAACCAGGAUCUCUGCCUCUCCUACAUUCACUCCUUACAGCCCGUCCGCCUACGGGAUGAUGAAGUGUCCCAGCUAGAGAAGCAGCUGCUAAACUUGACCAUAGGUGACCGGGAUUCAUCCAACAGCUUCCCGUCUCUAGUGUCGAGACCAGAAGCUCCUGCUGUGCCUGGUAACUGCUUCACGUUCCAGAAGAAGUUGUUUGUCGAUCGCCAGCUGACACCGGCCGACCACCAGCGCUUUGCCACCAACAUCGGGCGGGAUUGGAAGCAGGUUGGCCGCGCAUUGCAGAAGACGUGCCGGGCGCUGAAGGGACCCACGAUCGACAACCUGGCCUUCGAGUACGAGCGCGAGGGCAUCUACGAACAGGCCUACCAGCUGCUCAGCCGCUUCAUCCAGGCUGAAGGGAGGAACGCCAAGCUGGGCCGGCUGGUCAAGGCCCUGGAGGAGACCAAGCUGGUUGGCAUUGCUGAGAUCAUGCUGGAAAUCCAGCCCAGGGAGUGAGCACUCCCAUUCCUAUCAAUUACGUUUUAGUUUGUGUGUGUGUGUGUGGCUGUGUGGCUGUGUGUGGCUGUGUGUAUGGGAGGGAGGGAUUUGAACUAGACGCACAAUGGUGGCCAAACUAGUUUUACCAAAAAGACGGUUCACAUUUCACUCCUUGCGCUUUUUUAUCCUCCAGUUCUUCUUUUCUGUUUUCUCAUUUUUGUAUUUCCGUUUCACAUUAAUGAGCGGCGAACAAAUCCUGAUCAAUGAAUCCCAAAGGGUAUCACAUGUUCUCUCUCUGAAUGUUUUAUAAAUUUUUUUAUAUCCUUCAUGUUCCAGUUCUGAAUUGUCAGAGCACUUAAAAUCAUGAAAACCAGUCAUACGAAAGUCAUUCUAAGUAAAAUGGAAUUUAAUGUUGA